GAAAACCUGCAGCCUCUUGGCUCCUGCUGUAAUGAUUAACUGACACACCAGCUGGUGUGAAUUUAGAGGCUGUUCAACUGCAUUGAGCACACCACUGCACUAAGGAUCAACUAACUGGAGCAGUGAUUAAUAAUGGCCCGACGUGUGGCAGUGGUUGGAGCAGGCAUCUCAGGCCUGGUCUGCAUCAAGGUCUGUCUGGAUGAGGGGCUGGAGCCUGUUUGCUUUGAAAGAAGUGAUGACAUUGGUGGUCUGUGGAAGUUUAAGGAGUCACCUGAGCCUGGGUUCUCUGGUAUCUACCGCUCUUUGGUCACUAACACUUCCAAGGAGAUGAUGUGUUUCAGUGACUUUCCCAUGCCUGCGGACUAUCCAAACUAUAUGCACCACUCCCAGCUCCUGCGUUACUUUAGGCUCUAUGCUGAACACUUUGACCUGAAAAGACACAUUAAUUUCCAGACCACAGUGAGGAGUGUGAGGCAAAGGCCAGAUUUCUCUACAACUGGUCAGUGGGAUGUAGUGACUGUUAACAGAGAUGGAGAGGAAGACCAGCACAUCUUUGAUGGAGUACUGGUAUGUUCAGGCCAGUACACCCAUCCUGUAUUACCCUUAGGAGACUUCCCAGGUCAUGAGACAUUUACUGGCAGAUGCUACCACAGCUGGGAAUACAAAGAUGCAGAUGCCUUCAGAGGAAAGAAAGUGGUUGUGGUUGGUAUUGGCAAUUCUGGGGGAGACGUUGCUGUUGAGAUUAGCAGAUCUGCUGAAAAGACAUUCCUCAGCACACGUGAUGGAGCCUGGGUGGUUGGCAGGAUGUCAACCAAUGGUCUUCCUUUAGACAUGACAGCCAUCACCAGGCUCACCCAUGUCCUAACCCUCCUUCUACCCAAGGCUUUGGUCAACUGGGUGGCACAGAGAGACUUGAACCACAAAUAUGACCACAGAUUGUACGGCUUGAUGCCUAGACACAGGCUUUUAGACAAAAGAGUAGUGAUCAAUGAUGACCUUCCUGGCCAAAUCCUUCAGGGCGCGUUAGUAAUGAAGUCUAACCUGCAAGGAUUCCAGGGCUCUGCACUUGUGUUUGAAGAUGGUACAGUGGAGGAGAACAUUGAUGCUGUGGUCUUCUGUACAGGUUAUAAAACAAUCUUCUCAUUCCUGCCUCCAUCUCUGUCUUGGGGGCCUGAUGGAGAGAUGACCUUAUACAAGAGACUGUUUCCUCCAUCUCUAGAAUGCCACACAUUGGCCAUCAUGGGUCUGAUCCAGGCAAAAGGACCAAUCAUGCCCAUAGUGGAAAUGCAGGCACGAUGGGCCACUAGGGUCAUUGCUGGUUUGUGCCAUCUUCCACCUCAGGAGACAAUGCUCUCGGUCAUUGAGUCUGACAGGAGGAGAAACAUGAAGAGCUAUUCCUGUCCAAAACAGGCUGCGCUGCAGGUGACCUAUAUCUCCUACCUGGACUUCAUAGCUGAUGAGAUAGGGGUUCGACCAAGCAUCUUCAGACUACUGCUGAGAGAUCCUGUGCUGGUACUGAAGGUCUUCCUGGGUCCCUACACCCCGUAUCAGUUCCGUCUGACCGGGCCUGGACGGUGGGCUGGAGCUCGUCAGGCCAUACUCACUCAGUGGGAGCGGGUGGCCCACCCUUUCAAGACUAGAGUGGUAUAUGAACCAGAGACCAGGCUGUGUGGCCUCUGCUCCCCCUGGAUGCUUACACUAGUAGGAGGAGCUCUCAUAAUGACUAUGCUCUUCAAGUAUUUUGAGCUUCUGGACAAGCUCAGUAGGGCACCUGGCAGACACGUACCACAAUAAUAUGAUGUGAUAAAGGAUUAGUUUGUACUGUGGGGCCCAAAACCUUUUGUCAAAAUAUGUUUUUAUCUGAGCAUAUGAGUGGAAACUGACUGUGUAGAUCCUUUUGUAACAUUAAAAAUCAUAGUUGUAGGAAUAGAGCAAUGAAACGCAAGUCUUACGAUUGCAUGAAUCAUCAGUCUGAUAUAAUAUAAGAGUUAACCAUGUGUUUAUGUUUGGGUCAAAAUUUACCUAUUGAAGAAACACCCCAAAACAUCUUAUCAUUAUUAAUUUCCAACGUGAAAUUUAAGUUUAAGUGAAAUUUAAGUUCAUCAACAGUGGCAAUAUGAAACUAAAGAUGAUUUUACUUUUUUUUUUUCUUCUUCUUCUUCUUUUUCUUCUUAUCUUACUAAGCCUAUUCACCAUUUAGAUAAGUAUUUGGGUCAAAUUUAUCCCAGUGGUAUAGAGUGAUAAAAAUGCUUGCAGUGAUUGCAAGAACACAAUACAGUUCACACAAUAUUAUUUACAAGCUUUUGCUCUAUCCUCUCUCCAUUUAAAAAAAAAAAAAAAAAAAAAAUAGGGUGCUUUAAAAGUGUGAAGGAACUGUGAUUGCCACACCAGCAGCCACACACUGAACCCCAGGACCUGGUGGUAACUAUUUUCUUCUGUUUAAUUUACUUAGGUUUCUUUUUUUAGCCUGGAUGCAGACCUAUAAAACAGGAAAGAGAAAUAACUGGACACACAGAUUUUGGUUUCAUGUAACAGAGUUUAUAAGCAAUUUUUGACAGCACAGUUAUCUAUCUGAAGUGCAUACAUUUAGUUAAUUUUGUCAGUUUUGCGAUAUUAGUUUUCAUUAACAUUUUUUCUUUUAAUUUUCUUUGUUUAUUUUUAUUUUCUGCAUCAACUUUACUUUUUAUUUAAUUCAGUUUUCUUUGAGGUUGGAUGUUGCUGCUGGACUUGUCUGGCUGGCCAAUAAAAGAAAUCCCAGCUGCAUCAGAGCUCCUUAAAAUGCUGCUCAUUGCUAAUUGGACUGCACCAUGUUCCUCCUGUAUUGUGGGGAGGGGCAGUACUUCUAGUAUGAUUUUUGUUACUUUUUCUUACUAUUUCCUUCUAACUUUUGUUACUAUUUACUGUGUUUUGAUGUGGUGUCUUAUUUUUCAUUAGUUAGUAUUAGGUAGCGCUAUACUGACAUUUUUGUGGUAGUUUUUUAAAUGGUUAUGUCUUAAGCUGAUCUGACCAGCCACAGUUUAUGUUUGCCCCAUAUUUCCAUUUGUCAGGUUAUUUUGGAAUUCAGCCGCCACCAAAACUCAACAAGAGGAAGUUGUUUUUCAGGUCAGUUUGUGUUUUGCAACAAAAACCAGCAGUGUAUCAUGCAAUAAAUGAGGCUGUAUGUGCACUAUACAGACAAAAUACUAAUUGCUGUGAUUGUUAUAGAUGAGUAACUUGUUUUUUAGUAAGACAAAAUAUAAAUCAGGUGAAAUAUGUGUUAUGAGUGCUGGAAGGUGGUUUAGCUACACUGGAUCAGGAACUUCACUGUUGUAUGAGCAUAACAGGAUGCAUUCAGGUUCAUGAUCUGUUUUUAGCCAGGCUGUGACCGAAAACCCCAUGUUAUUUUAAUUCAGAUUCAGAUUCAGAUAUACUUUAAUGUAAUUUAAACAUGUAAAAAAAAAAAAAAAAAAAAAAAAAAA